UCCAUUUUUUCCCACGUCAGAUAUCCAGAACUACCUCCUUGUUCUCACCGCACCAUCCCCCACCCUCUUUUUCUCUGAUCACAAGCCGCCGUUGAGGACCGACCUCACCUAAGCUAGGUCUCCGGCCGAGCGUACCUCAAUUUCUCUCGAUUCCGGAGAAGAAUGGUGCUCGUCUAGAAACGACAAAGAUGAGGUCGUCGUCGUCGUCGUCUUGCUCGGAUAGAAUAGACAUUGCCGCCAACGCUCAGAGGCUCGAUGUCGACCAUCGGAUUUCGCUGCGUAUCUACUUUCGGAUCGCUAACACUCUUCUGAAACAGGCUGAUAUAUUUCGACAAGAGAGGAAUAUUAUAGACCUUUAUGUCAUGCUCCUAAGAUUUUCGAGUUUGGCCUCCGAGACGAUACCGUGUCAUCGAGACUAUAGAGCAUCUGUUCAAAGAGAAAAGGAUAUUUUGAAAAUGAAAUUGUUGAAUGCUCUCUGUGAACUGGAGAAAUUAAAGCCAGCAGUGAAACAGAAGAAUGAUGAGUUUAACAGGAGAAAUGCAUAUCAAAACAACGGGUGGGGCCAUAAUCAUCAAAUUCAAGCUCCUCCGAAGAAGCAAAAUUUGAUUAGUUAUGACAUAAACAAGGCAGCAAAUCCAGCUUCAAAAGCACAGUUCUAUCAAAAUCCAGGGACUCAGUUUUCAUAUGCCAGGCCCAUGGAGGAGCAAUUUCGCAAACUAUCCAUAAAUCUUCAGCCUCCAAAGGAGGAUACUCUUUCCAAACAUUCAAUUUUGGGCCCGAAUGGGCUUUAUGGGCAGUGGCAGCCACCUAAAAUUGAUAUAGGGGUUCAAUAUCCAAGCAUUGUAGACUUGACUCCUCUUGAAAUCCCAAGUCUGGAACAGUCCAUAGAAGGCAAAAAUGCGACUUUAAGCAAUUCGGAACAUGAAAGACCAAGUUUAGAACCGAUUCCGACCCAGAGUAGUAACGAUGGUCAGAUACCUCAUACUGAGGAACCUUCCCUUAUUUCCUUCGAAUCAAUAGAACCUCCUGAACAUACACAACUUAUCAGACAGCCUUCUCCUCCACCUGUACUUGCUGAAGUGCAAGAUUUGAUCCCAGCAAUUUCACCCCAAGUCUCUGCGGUAGAAAGUGAAUUGGAGACUCUCUCAUCAGAUGAAUUUCUUCGUGCUGAAUCUCCCCUGCAAUUGCACAUUUCAACAACGAUGAUGGAUCACUUCUUGAAGUUAGCAAAGUCAAAUACUAAAAAGGACUUAGAAACUUGUGGGAUUCUAGCUGGUUCACUUAAAAACAGGAAGUUUUAUGUUACAGCUCUCAUCAUACCAAAGCAAGAGUCAACGGCAAAUUCUUGCCAAGCCACGCAUGAAGAGGAGAUAUUUGAAGUUCAGGACAAACGAUCUCUCUUCCCUCUUGGCUGGAUACAUACUCAUCCUACACAGUCUUGUUUCAUGUCGUCGAUUGAUGUUCACACGCAUUAUUCUUAUCAGAUUAUGUUGCCCGAAGCUGUUGCAAUUGUCAUGGCACCAAGAGAUAGUGCAAGAACCCAUGGCAUUUUCCGAUUGACAACCCCGGGUGGCAUGUCAGUCAUUAGAAAGUGCCCGCAGCGUGGUUUUCAUUCACAUGAUCAGCCACCAGAUGGUGGGCCAAUUUACAACACCUGUACAGAUGUUUAUAUGAGCCCUAAUCUUAAAUUUGACGUCAUCGAUCUUCGAUAAUGAUACACAUGAUAUUCAGAUGGUUAAACAUUCAUUGAUGCAAUUGUUCAUAUACACACCAGUGCAAUAUUGGAUUUAUAAUCAGACUUGGCCCUUCAUAUGUAGAAGUGUCUGUAAAGAAUGAAAUGUUUGCUAGUUGGCUGUACAUUUGAUUGCCUAUGUACCAAUCUGUAGCCAUUCAGUUAAAACUAGAAUGGCUUCAAUGAGUGAAGAAGCGUUCUUGCAUUACUGGA